AUGGUGUCAGCUGUGCCAGUGGCGUUCUUCCUCAUGAAGAGGAAAACGGAGGACAGCUACCGGCGUGUGCUUAGUCACAUGCGUGAAAACUUUCUAAAUUGGAAUUUCACGACGAUCACCACUGACUACGAAGUCGGACUGGUGAAUGCCAUCAGGGCGGUAUUUCCAGAAGCGCGGCAUAUAGGAUGCUGGUUCCACUUUUGUCAAGCGAUUUGGCGUUACGUGGUAGCUGAAGGCCUUACUGCUUUAAUAAGGGCUGACUUCGAGGUCAAGAAAGUUGUAAAAAUGUUGAUGGCUCUUCCACACUUGCCACCACACCCAGGGCCUCCUCACGAUGACCGGGUCCCUCCUUAUGGCAUUGCUGAUGGUCUGAAUGCCAUCAGCAACUACAUCGACGAGGGAAACCUUGAUCGACGAUUGCAGAACGCAGUCGCUUACGUGAGGAGGUAUUGGGUGGGGGUGAUCGGAGUGGAAAGCCUGUCAACAUUCCAGGCGCCUCGCAGAACAAACAAUCAUCUGGAAAGUUUCCACUCAAGGAUGCUGGCCGCCUUUGGUGUCAACCUGGACAUAUGGAGCUUCCUAAGACGACUCCGCACCAUCGAGGCUAAAGCAUUCGGGAGCCUGCAGAGGGCGGAUCGUGGGAAUCGCGAGAGGAUGCGAGACAGGAGUGGCCCCGAGAACAACUCCGACAUAAUUCGAUCAGGGCUCCGGCGAUUGGUUCGUCAAGAGGUGACACUGAUCAACUUCUUAGCACUGCUGGCACAUUGCGUAGACAAUAUAGUAGACAUGGGCCUCCAAGAAAACGACAUCGAUAACGAAUAUAAACCUGCCCCGCUGCCCUCUAUGCAAUCAAAUGAGUACGCAAUACAUACGGGCAUGGUUCCAGUGGCAGUGAUUUCCGUGGUCGCUUUUUUCAUUUUCAUUCAUUUUCUCGCGCACAGUUGA